AUUUGACAGGGUGAACUGUGCAGCCACGUGCACGUUGGGAUAUGUUGAAGAACGCCACUAGCAAGAGUGCUGUGUUGAUGGCGCGAGCCCCGCGCAGACUGCCUUUCGCCUGUCGCAGCGCACAACACUCGUGCGUCUUACCGCCACCCACGCUCCUGCACCUACCACCCCAGUGAUGCCAGUUCUAGACGCGCCUGAUACGCGCACAAAGGCUGCACAGGCGCCUGCGCAGCUUCUCUCGAGGUUUCUGUCGCGCUGUUACAACUGCACUGCUUUUAUGCAGAUACUCGAACCGUUCCCCUCUUCCUGACAAUGGGCCGUGCCAAAUGGUUGUAGUACCACGACCUCGACCCGCACGCAACAGCCAGUGUCACCCUCCCGAAACAAGCCCCGCACACCGGACAGUCUCAAUGCCAUUACCUUGCCUCCCGCCCUUGAAUGUACAUACUGUAACACAUCAGAGUGUGGGUUUAGGCCAGUUGGUGAUUCAUGAUUUUGGGAAGUUACCGCAAGCAAAAGACGAGACUUCACAUAAUGUAAAUACUUGAUUUAUCUACUGUAAGUAGUCUGUUGGGCCUCACACCACAUUCUAAAUAGCCAUAUAGUUUCUCUUCGCUCAUAUUCGAUCAUACAUAUUUGUAAGGACAUAUUUGAACUGUUCGCUUUUGUCUUUAGUGCAGACUACUCGUUCCAGUGUACUCGGUGUCUUUCUUUUUUUUUCUGGGAGUUCUGUCUGCUUUUGUAGCGGCGCUAACAUCGUGAGCCGUGCUCCCCUGGCUGCGGAAGACAGUGCCAACCUGUCCCUUCUUCAUAGAGAACGACUUCUCUCUCAAACGCUCGCGAUGGCCGCCAAAGAAGCGUACGAUGGGCCAGGCAUGAGGCUGGAUCAAGAACGCUCUAUGCUACGGCGUCUGAACAACGGACGACGCGAGUUUCCCCGGAGGCGGUACUUGGGCCGCAAUCCCCGGAUUCCGUUCACGAGCGUCCAGGUAUCUGCGCUGGAGGCGCAGUUUGCGGUCACUCGCUAUCUGAGCGGCGCGCAGGUGCACAGCAUCGCCGUCGCACUGGGACUCACCGACACCAGGGUGAAAAUCUGGUUCCAGAACCGUCGUGCCCGGGAGAAGCGUGAACGCCAGCCUUACCAUCUAACCGAACACGGCUCCACAGCAGCACAGUCUGCUGCAUUAGGAGCAUCGCUAGCAGCUGAGACAGUUCGUCUGACGCCGACAAUGGGCUUCAACUUGUCGCGGCCGCUACAUGAGCGGUUGCAUUCCCCAACAGUGCUUGCACCUUCAGGUCUGGAAACGGUGUCUACUCGGCAAGUCUCACUGAAUAGAAGUGGAACCAACUUCUUUCCACCUUUUGGGUACUGGCCAGCGCUGUCAGGGCUGCAGUGGAGUACACAAGCAAGCGACAGUUUGCCCUGACUUGUGUUGCGAUCUAAAAACCUUUAAAGGGUCGGAAAUUUUGUGGAGCUCCCAACAGUCUCAGAGAGCUUGCUUUCAUGGAUACUCAAUAUAAAAGCUGAAUUUAAAAUUUCUG